UUCGAGCAGAAGGGCACGCGCACUCUACAGUCACGAAUCUCCCACUGCAGCUCUCACUGUAGUAAACAUGGCGAUGAAGGCGCUUCGAGGAAUGGUGAACGGAGCUAUGAAUGAGCUCUCUUUAGCUGUCACCGGGAAUAAAACGGCCGCUUCCAGAGAACACGCCUUGGCCGUUAACCGUGACUACAUCUCCCAGCCGAGGUUGACCUAUAAAACAGUGUCUGGUGUGAAUGGGCCUCUUGUGAUUCUGGACCACGUGAAGUUCCCCAGGUAUGCUGAGAUCGUCCACCUCACCCUCCCAGAUGGAACCAAGAGGAGUGGGCAGGUCCUGGAGGUUACUGGGUCCAAGGCUGUGGUGCAGGUGUUUGAAGGAACAUCUGGUAUUGAUGCUAAAAAGACAAGCUGUGAGUUUACAGGAGAUAUUCUGCGCACACCUGUGUCAGAGGACAUGCUAGGUCGUGUGUUUAACGGAUCGGGCAAGCCUAUCGACAAAGGCCCUCCCGUGAUGGCAGAGGACUUCCUGGAUAUUAUGGGCCAGCCGAUAAACCCCCAGUGUCGUAUUUAUCCCGAGGAGAUGAUUCAGACUGGCAUUUCAGCCAUUGACGGCAUGAACAGCAUCGCCAGGGGGCAGAAAAUACCCAUCUUCUCUGCUGCAGGUCUACCACACAACGAGAUAGCAGCCCAGAUCUGCCGGCAGGCAGGCUUGGUGAAGAAGUCGAAGGACGUGAUGGACUACAGCGAGGAGAACUUCGCCAUUGUAUUCGCCGCCAUGGGCGUCAACAUGGAGACAGCCCGCUUCUUCAAGUCGGACUUUGAGGAGAACGGUUCCAUGGACAACGUGUGUCUGUUCCUCAACCUGGCCAACGACCCCACGAUUGAGCGUAUUAUAACACCGCGCCUAGCUCUGACAUCAGCAGAGUAUCUGGCCUAUCAGUGUGAGAAGCACGUCCUCGUCAUCCUCACUGACAUGAGCUCCUACGCAGAAGCUCUCAGAGAGGUGUCCGCAGCCAGAGAGGAGGUGCCAGGUCGUCGUGGUUUCCCUGGUUACAUGUACACAGAUCUGGCUACGAUCUACGAGCGUGCCGGGAGAGUAGAGGGACGCAACGGAUCCAUCACUCAGAUUCCCAUCCUCACCAUGCCCAACGACGACAUCACCCACCCCAUCCCUGAUCUGACGGGCUACAUCACCGAGGGCCAGAUCUACGUAGACAGACAGCUGCACAACCGACAGAUUUACCCGCCCAUAAACGUGCUGCCCUCCCUGUCCCGUCUGAUGAAGUCUGCCAUCGGAGAGGGCAUGACACGCAGAGAUCACUCAGACGUCUCCAACCAGCUGUAUGCAUGUUAUGCUAUUGGUAAGGAUGUUCAGGCCAUGAAGGCUGUUGUAGGAGAAGAGGCCCUCACUGCCGACGAUCUGCUCUACCUGGAAUUCCUGCAGAAGUUUGAGAGGAACUUCAUUUCCCAAGGUGCCUACGAGAACAGGAGUGUGUACGAGACCCUGGACAUCGGCUGGCAGCUGAUGAGAAUCUUCCCCAAAGAGAUGCUGAAGAGGAUUCCUCAAAGCACCCUGGCCGAGUUCUACCCCCGUGACUCCAAACACUAACAUGCUGAACAAACACACGCACGCACGCGCGCACGCGCGCACACACACGCACGCUUGUCUCCUCUCCUGCCCUCUCCAUCUGUGUUGGUAUUGCUUGAGUCAACUCACCCGCCCUGUGGCUCCUGUAAGCUUCAUCGAACCCGAUAUAACACCCCCUAAACACGCACACACACUCGUCAAACAGGUCGUCGCUGAGCCUGUAAGCGACAGAGGGGCCAGGAUGCAUCGCGGGACAUGUCGCAUGACCCAAGGAGAGCGAUGGGACGUUUAACAGGGAUGUUCGCUGGUUUAAGUGACGAUCUACCAAAGCUGUCGACCAGGGCAACCUAGACUGUGAGGAGGAGGAGGAGGAGGGAGAGGAGGAGGCGG